AGGUCCUCGGCCACAAGGUCACGGGCAAAGGCAGGCACAGUUACCGGGACUGGCUUUAAAAAGCCAGGAGAGCUGUGGGAACAAUCCAGCGGAGACGGUACUGCCGAGUAAGCAUGACCCGCACAGCGAUCUCGCUGGUAGUAGCGAUAACCGUCCUGUUUUGCGAUGCCACGCCGGAGGACUACAAAACGUGCCCGUUGAUGGUGAAAGUGCUGGAUGCGGUGAGCGGGCUGCCGGCCUCCGCCGUCAAGCUGGAGGUGUACCGACAGACGGACAACAACUGGAGCCUCAUUCAGGAAGGGGCCACUGAUAGUACAGGAGAGGUCCAUGGUCUCAUUGAAGAGAAGGAUUUUGUGCCAGGACUUUACAAAGUCAUCUUCCAGACCAAAGCAUACUGGAAGUCAAAGGAUCAGGAAGCAUUUCACGAGACAGCAGAAGUGAUUUUCGCAGCCCACGGGCAAGGUCAUCGUCACUACACCUUGGCUCUACUACUAAGUCCUUACUCAUACUCGACCACUGCUGUGGUCACCAACCCGCAGGAGUAACAUGCCGAAUGACACGCAAAGCAUCCCAGCUCAACACGCCUGUAACAGGGACAGAGAACACAAACACAAUCAUCAUUUAAACAUGCAGGGAACUGACCUUAAGUAGCACAUCCAUUCCUUUGUGUAUUAAUUGGGGGGGGGGGGGGGGGGGUUAAAAUAUUGCAGGUGUAAACUAGGGCUAGUCUGAAUGCAAGUGUACUUUGCACUUUUUGAUGAUAUCAAGGUGAAUCGCAGUUAUGUCCCACAAAUGUGCUCAUGUUAAGACUGCAGAGGUAAUUUGCUUCGAUGAGGUUUAUAAACCAGUAAGGCUAGAGAAGAUACCUAAGGUCAUCCCUUCAAAGUUGGAUGUUUACUGACCUUCUCUGGAAGACAGAUCAUGUACUGGUGACGGAAGCGUCAGUAUCGACUGUGUACUGAAGUAAUUCCAUUAAAUACACUAGAUGACACUGAAA